AUCUCAGUUCAAAUUCUAAGCCAGUCUCGACAAGAUGCUUAGGUCGGUCACCGUUAGAGUAUUGAGAUUCUGGCGCUUUUCGCUCCAUACUUUUUUUUUACUGUUUUUAGUGUUUCAAUUUUCGAUAUUCUUUUGCGGUGCGCGAACUUCACCAAAUUUGAAAGUUCGGUUAGAGCAUGGCGGAGUGCUUGUUGGACGGCAUCUGACAGCUCAUAGCGGUCAACCUAUGCGAGCGUUUUUGGGUGUUCCAUACGCCAAGCCACCAGUUGGAGAACUACGCUUCAGAUCCCCAGUGCCAUUCGGAGCUUGGACAGGUGAACGACAAGCCAUAUCAGAUUCAUCAAAAUGCACACAAAGAGACCCUUACCGACGUGACCUUGAAAUCGAAGGCAGUGAGGACUGUCUCUACAUAAAUGUCUACACGCCUGAGGUACCUGCAACGAAAAAUCCUUUACCGGUAAUGGUUUGGUUCCAUGGCGGAGGUUGGCAGUGCGGAUCCGGUAUAAGCAGCUUUUAUGGACCAGAUUUCUUAAUGGAACAUGAUAUUAUAUUAAUUUCUGCCAAUUUCCGACUGGGACCACUUGGAUUUCUCAGUACAGAAACUAUAGAAUGUCCAGGAAAUUUCGGUCUAAAAGAUCAGCUUGAAGUGCUUAAAUGGAUUCAGGAAAAUAUAGCAGCAUUUGGUGGAGAUAAGAACAGCGUAACGAUAUUUGGUGAAAGUGCAGGUGGAGCGAGUGUUACCUACCACAUGCUUUCCGAAAAAUCUAAAGGACUCUUCCAUAAAGGUAUUAUUCAAUCUGGUACAUAUUUCAAUCCAUGGGCACAGCCUGCACAUAAAGGAGUACCAGCUAGAAGAGCACAGAAACUAGCUAAAUUAGUUAAUUGUAAUGCCGAUCAAGAUUGGACAAGUAUUUUACAAUGUCUUCGUCAACGUAAAGCCGAGGACAUUGUUGCCACUAUUUAUGAUCUCUUUGAAUGGGACUACGAUCCAAUGAUUCCAUUUCCACCAGUCAUUGAACCAAAUCAUAAAGAUGCUUUUCUAACUGUAUCGCCAAGAUCAAAACAAAUUCCUCAUGGCUUCAGUCUUCCAGCAAUGAUAGGUGCCACCUCUGAAGAAGGUUUGUUAAAAACUGCAGCUUUACUUAAUGAGCCUGGAUUAUUAGAUGAUUUUAAAACUAAAUUCAAUAAAGUACUACCUAUUGUCCUAAACUAUGAUCACCACUCAGAUGAAAUUCAAAAAUAUAUAACUGAACGUAUUAAAAGUUUUUAUUUUAAAAACGGCCACGACUAUAACAAAUAUAAUUAUCAAAAUAUUACAGAUCUUAUAUCAGAUGGUUGGUUUAUAGGUGGAAUCGAUGAAUAUAUGCGAAUUCGCAUGAAUAGUUUGACAACAGGCAAUAGUAAUGUAGGACCUACUUAUGUCUACCUUUUUGAUCAUAAGGGAGCCGCGAGUUUUUCUGAGCUAUUUAAAGGAGGACGAGAAGAUUAUUAUGGUGCCUGCCAUGCAGAAGAAUUACAAUAUCUCUUUCCAAUCGGUCGUGAAUUAUUCAUCAGUGCUUCACCAACACCGUUUGACUUGGAAAUACGAAAUGCUAUGACAAAUAUGUGGGUUAAUUUCGCUAAAACGAGCAACCCCACGCCAAAUGAAUCCAAUAUCACUAAUUGGGAUAUUGCGAACAAGUAUCCAGUGAAUUUUAUCCGUAUAGGUGGAAAAGAUGAAAAACAUUGGACUUUAACAACAAAAGAAGAAGGUUUACUGCAAGAUCGUUCAGACUUUUGGUAUCAGCUUAAAGCUCACUGGGCAGCAGAUCUAAGCAAAAAAGAUGAAUUAUAACAAUUCUUAUUAAAGAACUUUAAGAAAUUAAAAAAUUUCUGCGGACAAUAACUUUUACAUAUUCGUACUUUUGGCCUACAUAUAUCUUAAAGUAUAUAUAAUCCAAUCACUUUUUUUUGCACGUCGUCAGUUUGGUAAUAUAUUUCUUAAA